AUGUCAGCAACACUGGAUGAUAAACUGUUAAGUAAAUAUUACCAAAAUGCAUGUGUAAUUGAAGUUUCUGGUCGAGCAUUUCCUAUCAAAGAUAUUUAUGCUAUGGAAGAUGCUGAAAAUCAUGUUGACGAAGCAGUAAACAAAGUUUUAGAAAUUCAUACUAAUGGUAUUCCUGGUGACAUACUUGUUUUUCUUACCGGUCAGGAUGAGAUCAAUCAAGCUAUCGAUAAAGUUACGAGAAAACUUGACUCUUCAGAAUCGGUUCUUGUUUUACCAUUGCACGGUAAAUUAAAUGAAGAUGAAGUACAAGCCGUAUUUAUGACCAAGAAUAGCAAAACACAACGCAAGAUUAUCUUUUCAACCAAUGUGGCUGAAACAUCAAUAACCAUUGAUGGCAUUCAACAUGUCAUAGAUUCGGGUAUGGUUAAAGAAGUCAUGUGGGAUACUAGACGACAUAUACGAGUACUCAAAAUUGGGUAUACAACGCAAAGUUCAAUAAAACAACGUCGUGGAAGAGCUGGACGAACGUCAUCGGGAACGUGUUAUCAUCUUUACACAUAUGAUACUUAUCAAUCACUAGAAGUUUGUUCGCGUGCAGAAAUUCUUUGUAUUCAGCCGAGCAUAGCUGUGCUGAAACUAAAACAUCUUGAUAUAGUCGAUGAUAUUACAAAGUUCGAUUGGUUAGAAUCACCUUCGAAUAACAGUCUUCAAGAAACUGUUAAAAGUUUAACAUGGCUGGGUGCAAUCGAUUCAAACACUGGAAAAUUGACUGAUUUAGGUCGUAGUAUGGCUAAAUUCGGCCUUGAACCUAUGCUUUCAGUUAUGAUUUUGAUGGGACAAAAGCUCAACUGUCUUAGUCAUAUACUUGCUCUUGUUGGUAUGCUAAGCGUAGUACAGAAUAUCUGGUGGCGUGGUGAAAAUGAUGAAUCAAAACAUAUGAGUAAUGAGAUACGAGCUUCAUUCACUCGAGAUACAGACAUGGGUGGUGAUUUCAUCGCUCUUUUGCGCAUAUUUCUCGAAUGGCAUGCAAUUGGCGAAAGGAAAGAACGUAGAAAAGCUUGGUGCCUUAAGCAUAUGAUACGAUGGAAGUCAAUGACGAUGGCGAACAGUCUCAUUAGAGAAUUAGUAUAUCAAAUAGAUCCUAAAUUUCAAGUUCAUUUGACUGAAUUGAACGAUGAGUUGAUCGAACGAAUUGUACGCUGUGUAUGUGCUGGUUUUUUUCAAAAUUUGGCCAUUUCAAAUGGACCAAUUCGUGCUGGAUAUCAACUAGCUACUGGUACAACAGAUACAGUUGCGCACAUACAUCGAUCAUCGGUAAUUACCUUUGCUCAACAGCCGCCCAAGUUUAUACUCUAUCAUGAAAUAAUCAAUAUUAACGAGACAAAUUAUCUAACUGUAAUCUGUCCGGUUGAGCUCGAUUGGCUUAAUAAAUCAUGGUUGGAUUCAUUACCACGUUCACCUUCACGAUGUGUAUUUGAUAGUUAUACGUUCAUAAAUCUUGGUCCGGCAUUAUUACUUGCACUUGUUGGAAAAAAAUGUAAAAAAGUGCCACAACUUGAAGAGCAAUUGCAUGUCUUGUUUGAAGUUGAUCGUGCACAGUCGAAACUUAUCGUCUGGGGACAUCCAGAAAAACUCUCCAAUGCCCAACAAUGUCUUCAACAAAUUUUGAAUAAAGAACGAGACAAGUUACGUAACGAAUUGCAAGAAUUCCAAAUUGUUGGUUCGACUAGAAUAUUACUCGGAGCUGGUGCUGAACCUCGAUUAGUAUUGGUAGAGGAUGAAUACAUCAAGAUCUUUCUCAAAAAUUUACCAAAAAAUAUCACUGAAAAACAAAUUCAGGAAAAGUGUGAAUUAUACGGACAAGUUCGAAAUGUGACCAUGAUUCGAACAAACUAUAAUAGCAUCUCGGCUUCUGUUACCUAUGGCAUAUGCCGCAGUGCUCGACUAGCGGUUACUCAAUUAUCAUGUGAAAAAUGGAAUGGCUGUCAAAUAUAUGCAAGCCCUAGUUAUACGCGUACAUCAGUCGAUACUAACAAGCAGAAUUACAAGUUGAAAGCUGAAUGGUUUAUGACUGAGUCUGAAUGUAAUGGACGCGUAACAUUUAAUAAACUUCAAGAAGCACAACGAGCUUAUCAAGUGUUUACAGAUCGAUGCCAUUUUCGUUGUCAAUUUGAAAUAAAUCCCAUCAAUCCAAUGGUUAAAUGUUCUUGGCCAUUGAAACCGCAUCAUGGUCACGCUAUUGUCAAUUUUUCAACAGUUGAACAAGCUCAAGAGCGUGAAUCAGUUUUUAUUGAACCAUAUCAACAUGAUGGUCGUGUAGUAGCCUAUGUCCAAUUUACUGAUGAACAAGAAAUGCGAGAAGCUGUCGAUGAAAUUAACGAUAGGCAGACUUCGGUCGGUGCUGGUUUAUUAAGAUUAUCCGUCGUUCAACAACAACGACAGACAAACAUAAGAAGAAAAACAAAUGACAACAAACAAGAUGAAUUUCGUGUCAAACUUUAUCAAUUACCAUCUCAUAUCGACGAAAGAUUACUCAUUCGAGAACUCAAUCAGUAUAAUAUUAGCAAUUCUAUAACGUAUGCAACUGUGUUCCGUAUUGAAAUCCGUUCACCGACCGAAGAUGGCCGUGCUGUUGCAUACAUUCGUUUCAACGAUCCACGAGAUAUUAUGACGGCGAUUAACAUGUGUGAUUCAUUAGAUAAUUUUACUAUGAACAAUGUUGGAUUAAAUCAACUUUAUUUUGUUCCAAUCAUUGUGCAUAGAAUCAUGGUUAAUCAAGCACUUGCACAAGUCAUCGAUAAAAAAAUUGAACAAACUAUGAAUACUAUCCAAACUAGUCAUAAUUUUACCAACAUAUCAGUAUUCAAAAAGACUGUUAUGAGAGAUGAUAAUACCAAUGUUCUUAUUUCGAUUCGAGGAACAAAUAUUCAACAGCUUUACAAAGCACGUAUACUUUUCGAUAGUUUAUUGAAAGGCCUACAAUUUCAACUUUACAAUCAUUCAUGGGUUACGGUACUUUUCGAUGCAGCAGGACAAAAUUUUCUUCAAGAUCUUCAAAAACAUACUGGUACAUACAUUUGGUGGAAUUGGAAGUCGACAUUGUUGCGUAUCUUUGGUGAAGAUACAGUAUGUCAAGAUGUUUAUAGACAGAUAGAUACUUUCAUUCAAACGACACUUUCACAACGUGAAUAUUCUGUUUCAAUCUCGAUUCCAAAAGUGAGCGGUGAUCAAGAGGCAGUAAUUGCAUGUGAACAACAAGUAAAACAAUUCCUUGACAAAUUGGCAUGCAUUUCCAAUCGUUCAAAUGAUAUUACGCCAGAAAAUAUUAUAGUUAACAUGAAAAACAUAUGCUCUAUAUGCAAUUGUGAUUUCGAUUCUCCGUAUACAUUGGAACAAUGUGGACAUACAUUCUGUCGUGCAUGUUUGACUGCUUAUUUCGAUGCAUACUUUGAUGUGACCUUGAGUUUUGAAGCUUUUAAAUUAUCGUGCCCAUUUUAUCAAUGUGAUGAAAUUUGUCUCAUUCGUGAUAUUGCUUCUGUCAUUGGCUAUGAACGAAUGGCUCGUCUAGCAAUGAUUGCUUUUCAAGUUUAUAUUCGUCGAGCCGAUAACGAUUUAGUUCAAUGUAUGGGAAUCGAUUGUAAGCAGGUAUAUCGUCCAUCAAAAUAUUCGUCAAUGUAUUUUUGUGAUCAAUGUAUCAAAUUCUAUUGCAUAUCAUGCAAAGUUGAAUAUCAUAUUGGUAUGACAUGCGAACAAUAUAAAAAAUUACACGAGGAAAAAGAUGAAGAUGCCAUAUUGGAAUACAAUCUAGGAAAACUAUCCCACAAGCCUUGUCCCAAAUGUCGAACACCGAUUGACAAAUAUGCUGGAUGCAAUGCUGUAAAAUGUACAUUAUGUAAUAUUCAUUUUUGUUGGCGAUGCAGUGCAGCUGACGACGUCGACAUUCACAAGCAUUUCAUGGAUCCAAAUUCGUCAUGCUACAACAAAAUGUUGGAUGAAAAUGUAGCUGUACCAGAAUUUUAG